UCGGAGAGGUCAAUUUUAAUGAGGUGAGAAGCAAAAUAUUGUUGCCCACUUCUUCUGUGUCAUGUGUUGUGCACAAAUAUAUUAUUCAGACAACAAGGUGCUUGAAGUUUUCUCCAUCAUUAGCUUCUAGCAAUAAUUUCGAAACAGCAGCGCGCGCAGCAAAGCCCCGGCAGACCAGUGGCGUUCGAAAGAUUGUGCUGUACCCAGUCUAAACUUAGAAUCACUAGGUAGUUGAAUUGCGAUCUUUCGAACGAAUCUUUCAACACGAAGGCUCUGGAGGACCUUGAAGGAAUCUAGACCCCCUUCAGGUUGUUUGUAAAGACAGUUGAACAAGAGGAUUAAAGCUAAGCCACGACCCCGUAGUACUGAAAUCGCAGCAGUUAGACGACGAAAUUGCAGAGCGCAGCUAACGACUAUGAUCAUAAGGAGUCCGAGGUCGACCAAGCUGGCAUGGGUGACGAUGAAGUCUGUUGCGACGAAGAAGAAGUAGUAGCUAAUCGACAAAAGACACAGUCGAGCAGCAGCGAAAAUAAGCAGUACCACAAAGAGUAGAAACGAAUUCAGUAUGACUUUCUCGACGGCAGUAGGCGAGUGACAUCUCAUGUACCGCCCAAAGAAACGUUCGACACAGUAGUCGAGGACAUGAAGAAUGUGGAAAGCGAUUAGCCGCAAACAGCAUGAUUUAUGACGAUCUGCGAGCUGCAUAACAUCACCCAGUGCACACGUGGAGUUAUUCUGUCCGUAAAACGGAGGUAGCCAACUUGAAAGGCGAAGAGAAGGCCCAAUUUUUCAAGAUUAUUCGAAUAAUUCAUUUACUCAGGACCGAAAUGCUACGCAAUUGCAGCUACACAAAAACUCUUUACAACGAAAACACCCUUAAAGAAAAGGUUAUUUUGUACGCUACGAUCAGCAAAGGAAAUUAAGCUGAUACCGAACCAAUCAAUGGCAGCAAAAGCCAAGACAAUAGAACACUCUAAAGUGAGAGAAACAAAAACGACAUCAAACAUAGCAAGAUACCAGGACGUUAUGUUUGGCCCAUCCAUCUUCAAGAGCCAGGAAAUCAGGGGACUUCGAGAACGUUGUGGAGAGCAGGCGGCAGCAGGCAGGAGCAGAUUAUUCCGAUUCGGAACUUAAGAUGAGUGGAGAAUCAUCAAGGAAAUGGCUGAAGAAACAAUCAUUUGUCGUAAGAAUCCAAGCCUCCUGAAAUGUAUUCUCUAUAUAAAGACGUCCGCAUCUGCACCAAAUUUCAAGUCGAUGGAGAGCUAAUAUUGCAGCUGCGGAGAAGAAAAAUUAAUCACGAAAGCCGACAACAAAAGUAAGCUUCAAGAAGACAUACGAGUUAAGCGGAAGCAAUAAAAGACAAUACGCCAGACCGGCGCAAAAUGCUCAGUCUAGCUAAAUCGAUCAGCUUUAUCAUGUUCAACGGAGUCUCCAUUUCUUCUUUUUUGACCGAGUCGCAGCUCGUCAAUGUCAAGAUGUACAAGUUGCAUUCAAUUGAAGUAUCUUCUGUCUUGAAAACGUCCAUGGGCAUGGUACGGGUCGGUUUGAACGCGAAAUCUGGCGCGGGACGGAAUGACAAGAUCACCUCAUAGGCAAAAGGAGGUAGACAUCAAUAAUGUCACGAGGCUCAUAUACAUAAGGCGGAUCGAGGCAUUACAUAUCUUCAAAGUUUGAGUUGGGCGAUCUAGACACUUGCCAGCCUUAAUCGAAGACUUCAGAAAUCUGUCGCCUAACAAUACAUACAUCAUUGUGAGCGAAAUUUUUAAGCAGUAUCAUACGGAUCAGAUGGUUUGGUAGAUAAUAACUGCUGAAUCACCCAAGUGCACGAGGUACUUAACAUCGGGCAUACAAAGUGGAAAUACCGAUACACGGACGCUCAAUUAAAAGGUUUCGGUAUUCGACUAGAUAAGAAGGCAUCACGAUGGAGAAGGUCGAAUUAGCAGCGAAGAGAUUGUAUAAUACUAGCAUAUAUUCGUGCAGCUCAAGCAGCGUUGUAAUCCGAUAAUGCAGAUAACAAUAAAGGACAAUCUGAUACACAACGGUAUAAGAAGUCGUCUGUAUACGUUGACAACCUUGAACAAACCAACAGAAAUGAGGAGAUACAUCUUGGACCGAAGCCAAAAUUUAUCACCAGGUCACCUAGAAACGGGAGGGCAAUGUAUGCGAAUGCGUCAUCUGCACAGCAAAAUUUUAGUAUUCACCAGUUUAAUUACGCCAUACUCGAGAAAGAUAAUACUAAGGAACAAGAUGAAGUAAAGUGGCGUAUUGAUCACGAAUAACACGACAGACAAGCCAAUUUUUGAGGUUUCAUACUGACGACGUACUCAACAUACAGCUCCGGUAUCCAUUUCAUCAGACGCUUAGACCACGCUAUAUCUAGUGAGGCUUCAACAACGAGAGUAAGAGGCCCUUUUGUUGGAAGUCGCUAAGUUCAUAGACCAUCGGAUGGGCCAUACAACUGGCAAUUUAUUCUAGUCAGACUCUCAAUAAAAUUAAGACACUGAGCACAGCCUAGAACAUUAAAAUCGACUCCAGCAAAUACAAACUGCAUUGCAGUGCCUCUAGCACGAGCGCUAACCAAUU